UGUGUUUAUCGAUGCGUCCCCCAGGUUUGGACAGUGUGAUGGCGUCCCAGGCAGUGGCGAACACACUGACAGAUACAGACGUGUGUAAUGACAUAGACUACCUCAACUUUACCAUCAGCACCACACCAACGGCUGGAACCGGAUGUACCCCGGGCCCUCUGGGAAUGGCCAGCGGCGUCAUACAGAAUUGCCAGAUAAGCAGCUCGCACUACUCCUUAUCAGGGAAAGGCCCGACGAAGGGCCGGCUCAAUGAUGUCACCGGUUGGAGUCCGUUCGUGCACAACGGGCAGGUGAGAAAAGAGCGGUACUUCCAGGUUUACUUCGGCAACAAGAUGUUGGUCAGCAAGGUCCAGCUGCAGCAGACGGGGUCAGCAAAGGUCACCGCCAUGGCCGUGGGUCACAGCAACGACGGGGUCGCCUGGGUCAAGUACCCGGAGAAUGUGAUGAGCCCUGACCCCAGCCUGUCAGACGAGACACUGGACAUCCCCUCCCCCCAGGUGGCGCGAUACAUCCGGCUGUACAUCACAGACCAGGACAACAACGGGCGGGCAGCCAGCCUCCGAUUUGAGUUUAUUGGAUGCCAGUCAUCUACCGACGGGCCGUCUGGUCCUUGUCAAGCGGCAGACCCAGUGCCAAACCUAGACAGCCGUGUGGGUGCCAUGGUGGGCUACGAGUCCGACGAACCACGCGUCUACGCCGUGUCUGCCGACGGUAUGCAUUACAUGACCUCUGCAGACGGCGUCGUCUGGGAGACCGGGGUGCCGGAUGACGUCACGGAGGCCAAGACCAAGGCCACCUUCUCGUCGGCGCUGGAGGUCCCCGUGGAUGGAAACCCAGACCUGGACGGAACUCCCAAGCCAGCCUUCACACAGGCCAACUAUGCAGCCACCAGCGUGGGACUCAAGAACUUCAACUCUGUCACCUGGGACAAUGUCUUCAACUGGAGCACCUGCUGUCCCUAGACAAGAUGGCGGUUGGUUGCCAUGGUGCCGGAUAGAGCUAGGCGAGGAAUCGAUCUCGGAACCGAUUCUCACGAUUAAUGCUACGAUAGAAAAGUUCCGACUCCUUUUUACAUAGACCAACGGUUGCCAGUUUCUUUAAUCAUUAACAUGUUCUUUUGAUUUUACAAUUUAUCUCUGAAAAAUAAACGUUGAUGCUUUGUAGUGUUCCGAAAUCAAGGUUGCCCUAAAUCCUGAAGAUGUUCGGAGCCAACAAGGUAACCACCGGAAGAAAUCACAUCAUUAGAAAGUGAGUAAUUGGGUUUGGAGCCGAUUCCUACGAUUCCUAGCUUUGAAUAAUCGGGGACCUGGAGCCCAGCACUAGUGCCGGAACACAAGCACCGUUUAUUUUAUUGAUAGUUGCCAGGUUACGCUCUUGUGACCAUCCCUACAGACUCUAUCUUUAUACUGAUCAGCUCCUUUAUAUUACAGUUAUGAAUAUAAUUAUUGUUGUUAUAAUAUUGAU